GACGCCCUUGUCCUAAUAGUCGCCCGGGGUCUGAGCCCAUUUUGUGAAUUAACAGCCUCUUCCUAAUAAACGCCUAUGUCCAAAUAGCCGCCCAUGGGCUGUUAUUUGCAUAAUUUAGAUUAAAAUCAUAUUGAUUUCAUUUUCAUUAAACCCAAUUUAUAAGCUAAAAGGAAAAGCAAGGGUGCAAUAAUUCUGGUCAUUACGGUAACAGCAGACGUCACGUGGGGAUUCUGGGUAAUCAACAUAUUGCAAUGGGUCACCGCAUAUAGCGUAACACACAACAAACCCACGAGGAAAAGUUUCAACAUGGCAAGCAACAGUAGCAGUGAGUUGAAUGAACAGGAUACCGAUACACCACAACUGAUGGACGGGAAUACUUUAAGGGGGAAGAAGAGAAAGUUUGACUUAAAGUUCAAGCUAGCGAUUGUGAAGUAUGCGGAGCAGAAUUCUGGUUUGGCAGCGGCCAGGCAGUUUAACGUUGACCCAAAACGUGUACAAGAAUGGAAACAAAAAAAGGGAGAACUACUAUCUCAGUCGGCAAUCGAUGGAAAACGCCCCCCCCCCCCGGAUGGAGGAUGUGCGGCAUGGACGUGGACCUGGACGAUGGAGGCUCAGGCGAGGAGGACAAGGAGGAAGAGUUGUGGAUGGGCGAGCGGGUCAAGAUGCUUCCCCCUCCAGUGGCUCACAGUGGAGGCUCGGCGUGGGGCAGCCAGAGAGGACGGUGUGGCUGUCUGGCAUGCGGGGCAGCUCUGGUCUUUUGGGACGUGUCGGUGGUUCUGGCUGGUGCCCUGCUCCUGGUCGGGGUUUUCUUUGUGGUGCUGCUGCCUGCUGCAGUGCCGCUCUAUGCCGGGUUCCUGUGCCAUUCCAGAAUUCUGAAAGGCUCAUCGGCCAUCUGCGGUUACCUUGACGACAACAGCAGCUCGGCCCUUAUCAUUCUCGGCUUUGUGAUGAUGUCGCCGCUUGUGGUGGCGGCGGCGGUCGUCUUCUGUGGGUUGCUGCGAAGGUUCCGGCUGCUGCUUCUCAUUCAGCCAAUCACGCGUGCACGGUACCGGGGGCGCCUAAUGGACUGGGUGGGGGGCGUCCGCGCUUGGGUCUGAUUGCUGAAGAGAGGAGGGCGAAAUAAGACACAGAACACAAGGCCCAAAUAAAAGACAGACUAUAAUACACAGAUUAUAAAACACAUAAUAGUAGACACAGGUUAUAAAAUGCCCUGCGAUGAGGUGGCGACUUGUCCAGGGUGUACCCCGCCUUCCGCCCGAUUGUAGCUGAGAUAGGCUCCAGUGACCCCCCCGCAACCCCAAAAGGGACAAGCGGUAGAAAAUGGAUGGAUGGAUGGAGGUUAUAAGACACUUAAUAUCAGACACAUAAUAUAAGACACAGAAUAAUUAGACAUAGAAUAUAGGACAGAACAUUUAACACAGAAUAUCAGACACACUAUAAAACACAGAAUAUAAAACGCAGAUUAUAAAACAGAAUAUAAGACACAGAAUAAUAUAAGAUGAUGGCUAUCAGACAGUAUAUAAUACAGACACUAUAGGACAUAGCACAUUAGCCACAGAAUAUAGGACAGAACAUAUAACACGGAAUGACAGACGGAAUAUAAAACACUCAAACUUCAGUGUUGCCGAUGCAAAAGUUAUACUUUUUACGAAAAAAAACCCAUUGAACACACAUAAUAUAAGACACAUAAUAUUACAAACAAUACUAAACCGAAUAUAAAACACAGUUUUUAAAACAAACUAUGAGAUACAGAAUAUAAUCAAAGAACAUAAAACAGAAUAUAGGACGGGAUGCUAUACAAAAAAAAAAACGAUACAGACUGUAAAACACAGAAUAUCUGACAGAAUGACGGAAUAUAAGACAGAAUAUAAAACACAAAAUAUAAGUCAUAGCAUAUAAAACAGAUUAUAAAAUACAGAAUAUAAGACACAUAAUAUUAGACACAGAAUAUAGGACACAGACUAUGAAAUACAUAAUACACACAGUAUAAAACAGAAAAUAAGACAUAUAAUAUAAGACAUAAUAUAGCAGUGGUCCCCAACCACCGGUCCGGGGACCAGUAUGCAUUUGCUACCGGACCGCACAGAAAUAUUGUUUAAUUGAUGAACUAUCGCAUUUUCUCCAACUCAACUGUCUCCUGUCCCACUAAACACAAAUAAGCUUGUUAAUAGGUGUAUAUUACAACUCCUUUGUUAUAAUACACGGGACAAUGCACAUUAAUGGACAUAUCAAAUGUUAAUGUGCCAGACUGUAGCUAAAGGAUAAUUUUUUUGCUGUUUUUAUCUGCUACACGUAGAAAGCCGGUCCGUGAAAAUAAUGCAUAUAUUAAACCGGUCCCUGGUGGAAAAAAGGUCGGGGAACCCUGUAAUAUAGGACACAGAAUAUAAAACCCAGACAAUAAGACAUUGAAUAUAAAACAGAAUAUAAGACCCAAACUAUAUGAGACAGAAUAUAAAACAGAACACAAGACCCAGAAUAUAAAAUACAUAAUAUAGGACACAGAACAUUAGGCACGUAAAAAUUAGACACAGAAUAUCAGACAGACUAUUAGAAAUGGCGAAUAGUAAAAUGGUCUCUACUUAUAUAGCGCUUUACUAUGCCUGGAAUGGUACCAAAAGCGCUUUACUUUAUACAUCACAUUCCCCCAUUCAUGGCGGAAGCUGCCAUGCAAGGCGCUAGAUACGACCCAUCAGGAGCAAGGGUGGGUCAUAGUAAAAGUAGCAAAAGUAAGUAAUAAAAAGUAAUUUAGGAACACAUUAUUGGGGGACUAUGGAGGAACAUAAUACUGCAUAACAAUGACUAAAAUAGACCUCUGCAUUAAAAAAAAAAAUCUGACAUUCGCCAUUUAAUCCAUAUUAUCAUGUCAUUUUUUAAUGGGUCAGUGACCCACUUAUAGAUCCUCCAGACCCUCCAGUUGAGAAUGACUAGUUUAAGGCGUUACUGUGAUCACCAUGGAGACUAUUUGGCUUUUGUUCUCGCUUGUACCAAACAAAGCAAGCACACAAUACCAUGUGGAGGACUUCUAUCAAUAAAAGAGAAU